AUGAAGCUGCUAUCGUCCCUCGUCGGCUUCGGCCUCGUCGCGGCUGCUCUCGCCGCCCCGGCCCCCGUUCCUCACGUCGUCGCCACAGACCAUGGCAUGCCCCGGACGAGGCCCAGCGUUGGCCGAGUCGACACCUCCUUGAUCGACGACCCAGCCACCCUCACCUCUCUCGCCGAGCAACUAUCCCGGUAUGCGUCCGCUGCUAUCGAGCACCUGCAAGUCUUUGACAUCAGCUUCUCCGUCACUCCCGUCUUCGCCGUCGGCACCGACGACGCCGAGGUCACGACGGACGUCGACGGCGACUUGGUUGUCGUCGGCAGCGGGCAAAGAGUCCGCGCCAUCAUCUGGAACCCCUCGACGCGGACUUUCUACUUGGACCCCAUGUCGGGCCUCAGUGCACGCCUGCCCGUUGCCAUCCUUAUCGUCUCUCUGUGGCUGCUGUUUACCUCAUUGUACCUGGGAAGUCUCGUCAGGUCUGUGGAAGACGAUGAAAUCGACCCCGAGUUUGAUUCGGUUUCCGCCUUGGAGGCACGCGGUCUUCUCGGCCCCCGAACCCCCUUGACGAGAGAGAGCUUGGCCGAGAAGCCAGCGUUGGACGCCAAUGACGGUGCCGCCGGCUACUUAUAA